AUGAAGAAUUGGGUCUCGCUCCUCCUCGCGGCUGCAGUCCAGCUCGCCCCAUCAGCCCUCGCUGCUGACGCGAACGCAUGGAAGUCGCGCAAUAUCUACUUUGCGCUGACGGACCGCGUGGCUCGAUCUUCCUCGGACAACGGAGGCGGCUCCUGCGGAAAUCUGGGGAACUACUGUGGCGGUACAUUCAAAGGACUUGAGGGAAAGCUCGACUACAUUGCCGGUAUGGGUUUUGACGCCAUCUGGAUCACGCCGGUCGUCGCGAAUACACCCGGAGGCUACCAUGGGUAUUGGGCUCAGGACCUGUACUCUGUCAACAGCAACUACGGUAGCGCAGACGACCUGAAGAGCCUCGUCAAUGCCGCUCACGCUCGGAACAUGUACGUAAUGGUCGAUGUCGUCGCAAACCACAUGGGGAACGGCGAUAUCUCGUCUUUCAAGCCCAGCCCUUUGAACCAACAAAGCUCCUACCACAACCGCUGUGACAUCAACUACAACGACCAAGGCAGCAUUGAGUAUUGCUCGAUAGCCGGUCUCCCUGAUGUCAACACCGGGGACGGGAAUAUCCGCCAGUUGUACCGGAACUGGAUCUCAUGGCUGGUCAGGGAAUACAAGUUUGACGGUGUCCGCAUCGACACCGUCAAGCACGUGGAGAAGGACUUCUGGCCUGGCUUCGCCUCUGCUGCGGGCGUCUACACGAUCGGCGAGGUCUAUUCCGGCGACCCAAACUACCUGGCGCCCUACGCCCGGCUCAUGGGCGGCCUGCUCGACUUCGCCAUAUACUACCCGAUGACGCGGUUCUACAAGCAGCAAGGCUCCGCCCAGGACAUGGUCGACAUGCACAACCGCGUCGGCUCCAUGUUCCCCGACCCCAGCGCCAUGGGCACCUUCCUCGACAACCACGACGUCCCGCGCUGGCUCAACUCCAACGGCGACACGGCUCUGCUCAAGAACGCGCUCGCCUACGUCAUGCUCUCGCGCGGCAUCCCCAUCGUCUACUACGGCACUGAGCAGGCGUACGGCGGUGGUAACGACCCGGGCAACCGCGAGGACCUGUGGCGCAGCGGCUUCAACAGGAACUCGGAUAUGUACGGCGCCAUCGCCAAGCUCUCGGCAGCCAAGAAGGCGGCCGGCGGCCUGGCCGGCAACGACCACAACCACCUCUACGUCUUCGGCAAUGCCUACGCCUUCAGCCGCGCCGGAGGCAAGCUCGUCGUGCUGACGGUCAACAGCGGCUCCGGCUACAAUGCCCGCAUCUGCUUCAACACCCAACGCUCCAACGGGCACUGGAACAACGUUUUCGGCGGCGGCAGCUACAAUUCCGAUGGCAACGGCAACAUCUGCGUAGACGUCAACAACGGCCAGCCAGUAGUUCUGCUCAGUUCGUGA